GUCAGGACAUGAUACCUUAAUAUUUACACCGCGAAGCAGAGGUCAUUGUGACCGACUACGGAGUUCGUCCAGAGGGAGUUUUCGCUCUCUAACUCGCCUCGUCACCGCUUCACACGAACUAAUCUUCGAACUAACUCACCGACGUCUGUGUGAUUGUUGAUCUCUGUCUACCAAACAAGUUAGGAUGAGUUGUUGAAGAGGAAACAAACUCUCCGAUAAGGAAGCGGCUGACGUCAUGAUUUCAACAGCUGACAGGUGAUAAUAACAUACGGAAGAACUCUAAAAUGUGGACAGACAAGCAAAGAGGAAUCCGAGUUUCUCAGAAGAAGCUGCUCUGCAAGAACGCCUGUGGCUAUUAUGGAAACCCGGCGUGGCAGGGCUUCUGCUCCAAGUGCUGGAGGGAGAAGGCUCGCCCAGCUGAAGCCUCGAGGCAAGACGAGAGGCCGAGCAAUGAUGGAAUUCCUCUCACCUUCUCCAAAUUUGAGGAGAAGAAAAGCACAGAGAAAGGUCGUCGAAUCAACACCAUGAGGAGACUCUUCUGGGGCAGCCCAUCGCCUCCUAAACCUCAAGAGUCCUCUGAAAGGCAUGCCAAUGUGUUGAAACCUUAUCAAAGCCUCGAGCCCGGGGACUUCACUGGUUUCCUAAAGAUACUAAAGAGCCCUUCCUCUCAGCGCUUGCAGUCCCGAUGUACAGCUUUCCUCAACACGAUGGAGGCGUACCAUGAUCUGCCGGUACAGAAGCAGUCGGAUCUCGUGCAGGAUUUCUUCCAGUCUUUUGCUGAAUAUUUUAGCAGUUUUCCUGAGGCUCAGGUCACUCGGAUAAUGGAGCACGUAGAGAAGUUAAUAAUGACGCGGUUGCACAAAUGGGUUUUCUGCCAUGACCGCUGUGACGAUGAACAGAAGGACCUUGCUCUCCAGAGGAGGAUACGAUCUUUGAACUGGAUCACUCCGGAGAUGCUGAGCGUGCCUUUCCCUGAUAAGAAGGCGGCGGUCUCCGGCGACCCCUUUCUGUCCGCGAUAACAGCUAUAAUUGAAAUGGAUGCCAAACGAGCGCCUCAGGACAAACUUGCAUGCGUGUCCAAAUGCAGUCAGCAUGUGUUUGAGGCGCUCGCCACCUCCAACAGUGAGCCCGCUAAUGCCGAUGACUUCCUGUCCGCGUUGGUGUACGUGGUGCUGAAGGCCAACCCGCCUCGCCUCCACUCCAACAUGCAAUACGUGAUUCGUUUCGGUCUCCCUCACAGUCUGAUGGCGGGAGAGAGCGGCUACUAUUUCACAAAUUUGUCUUGUGCAGUGGCCUUCAUCGAGAAGCUGGAUGGACCGGCACUGAACCUCAGUCCAGCGGAGUUUGAGGGCUACAUGCUGCGUCAGCGUGCUCCCUCUGAAGGAAAGAGGCAGCAGGUUGCCAGUGACACACGGCAUCUGUUUGAAGAGCUGAAAGGCAGACAGGAGAAGCUGGACCAGGGGAUGGACGCGCUCAACGUGCAGCUACAAACUUGGGUCACAGCUGUUCAUUCACAACUGGAUGAGGCCACAGCCCAGUUUGCUCUGGUACAGAAGGAGAUGGCCGCUCAGGGCGAGCUGUCGCAGGGCGAUCUGUCGCAGGGCUCGUCUUCCUCGUCUCACGAUGCGUCUCCACAAGAGGACGACACAGACGAGUCCGUCCUGGUGCUUACGGAUCAACAUGCAGGAACACAAGAUACAGACUGUUAGCUAUAUUAACAACAACGCCUCAUCUGGUACUGGACCUUUAAAAAAAAUUUAAUCAUCAGCACUAAUGUGUUGGCUUUAAAAAACACACACGCAUAAAGCCGGGAUUCGUAAACCUGUUGAACAUGAAGGAAAACUUUUUGAAGGAAAACUUUUUGCAUUUGGGAUCACAGAGCUCACAGAGUUUUUUUUAAUGACUUUGACAAAGAUUUGCACUUGUAUCCUGUUUGAGGAGGAAGGCCAUUAAAAUUACAUUCCUGUAUAUAGUAAGAGGUAUUCACAUUUAUGCACUUGGGGAUAUCACGUAACACUUCGAGAGGGCUCAUCUAAUCACUUUUAUUUAAUGGUGUUUAGCAAUGUGCCUCCAUGUAGAACGCUGUGAAAUAAGAAAUAUGCUACAGGAUGUGUGAUGGUCAUGGUCGGCCACUACAAGUCUGUAUCGAGUUGCACCGCGUUGCCGAGCCGUUGUCAUCUGUGUUAGUGUACUGAAGAUAUUUGUUUGUUUAUGAAGAAAUGGUAUGGUUGUAUUUUAUAAUCAGUUAUUGUAUCCAAUAUUAUAUUAAAAUUGAUUUAAUGGUUUUUUAUGUUUUUUAAUUAUUGAAUGUUUGAGAAAACACUUUGGUCGACAGUAAAUGUUUUGUUAUUUGCUUGUUUGGAAACAGUAAAAAAAAUCUCUGUGAAAUAAAUCCCUGACUUUGUGUUCUUGAAUAAUAAAUAUUGAGUAUACAUCUUUA